AUGGAGCUCAUUUCUACACCGUUUACUGGCACCUGGAAAAGAUACUGGAGAAGAAAGCGAUACCAGAGGCUCGACGGCACACUUACAGGCCGAAAGAAUAUGAAAGUCAUGAGGUUUGGUGGAGGUAGCCCACGUAGAGCUUGGAAGAUCAGACCUAAGCUAAGAAUAUUAAAGAUUGCAGCUGCUUCUCCAUUGAAGCUUUUGAGGAAGCUCAAGAAUGCUUAUGUUGAUAUGAUGCUUAACUUGGCUGGGACUGUCAGUUUCUUGAAUAAUGAUAGUUCUUUUGGAAAUAAACGGAUUCCAAAAGCUAGGCAAGCUCCUAUUGCUGGUUAUUCUAAUGAAGAAUUUGAGACUAGGUUGGUUUAUGAGAUCUAUAAGGCCUUGAAAGCAACUCAGUGA